CGCUGCUCCGCAUCCCUCACGUCAGCCGCGGUCCCUCCCGCUUCCUUCCUGCGCACCCAGCGCCGGGCCCGCACCCGCCGCCGCCGCCGCCCCGCGGAGCGCACGCCAUGACAGCGUAGGCAGGCGGCGAGACAUGGAUCGCUUCACGGAGUGCGGGACGCAGACGGACGCGGUGGUGGUGCUGUCGCUGGCACAGGCCGCGGUCCUGGGCUUGGUGUCGGAGAAUGAGCUGCUCGGUGCCACCGUCAGCCCCGCCGGCUUCUUCCCGGCGCUGGGCGAGGAGCUGCUGGAUGCGGUGGAGCCGGAGGGCGAGGGCCCCGUGGCCGGGGAUGGGCAGGAGGAGGACGCCCUGGAGGCAGGGUCCCCGCUGGAGAAGCACCCGCGGCGGAGGAAGCGGCCCCCGGUGAGGCUGGUGCCCAAGGUGAAGAGCGAGCGGGCGGAGGACGAGGCCCCGCGUGAGGAGCCGGUGCCUGCAGAGGAGGAGGAGGAGGAGGAGGGCGAGCGGCAGCGCGGGCGUCGGGCCCCGCCGCAGGAGCCCGGCCCGGAGCGGGCGGUGCAGAGCAGCGCGGUGACGAUGAUCGACCUGGGUGCCCUCGGCAGGAAGCCGCGGCGCCUGCGGCACCUGCGCCGCCACGGGCACCUCGAGCUGCAGGGCUCCAAGCGCCGCCUCGGUGGGGCCGGUGCCGCCAACGGCCCUGCAGGGGCCCUGCGGACCGAGUGCGCGCUCGAGGCCGGCGCCGCAUCCCCCGGUGAGGCCGAGGCCCCCGCGUCCCCCGAGGCCGUGAAGAGCGAGCCCGGCUGCGGGUGGCAGGAGCCGGGCGAGCUGGAGCCGGCCGGAGCCACCAGCGAGCGCAACAAGAAGGCGCAGCUGGACCGGCUGGACAUCAACGUGCAGAUCGACGACUCGUACCUGGUGGAGGCGGGCGACCGGCAGAAGCGCUGGCAGUGCCGCAUGUGCGAGAAGUCCUACACCUCCAAGUACAACCUGGUGACGCACAUCCUGGGCCACAACGGCAUCAAGCCGCACUCGUGCCCGCACUGCAGCAAGCUGUUCAAGCAGCCCAGCCACCUGCAGACCCACCUGCUGACCCACCAGGGCACGCGGCCCCACAAGUGCGGGGUGUGCAGCAAGGCCUUCACCCAGACCAGCCACCUCAAGCGGCACAUGCUGCUGCACAGCGACAUCAAGCCCUACAGCUGCCGCUUCUGUGGCCGCGGCUUCGCCUACCCCAGCGAGCUGAAGGCGCACGAGGUGAAGCACGAGAGCGGGCGCUGCCACGUCUGCGUGGAGUGCGGGCUGGACUUCUCCACGCUCACCCAGCUGAAGCGGCACCUCUCCACGCACCAGGGCCCCACGCUCUACCAGUGCCUGGAGUGCAGCAAGUCCUUCCACUACCGCAGCCAGCUGCAGAACCACAUGCUGAAGCACCAGAACGUGCGGCCCUUCGUCUGCACCGAGUGCGGGAUGGAGUUCAGCCAGAUCCACCACCUCAAGCAGCACUCCCUCACACACAAGGGCGUGAAGGAGUUCAAGUGCGAGGUGUGCGGGCGCGAGUUCACCCUCCAGGCCAACAUGAAGCGGCACAUGCUGAUCCACACCAGCGUCCGCCCCUACCAGUGUCACAUCUGCUUCAAGACCUUCGUGCAGAAGCAGACGCUCAAGACCCACAUGAUUGUGCACUCACCAGUGAAGCCAUUCAAAUGCAAGGUGUGCGGGAAGUCCUUCAACCGCAUGUACAACCUGCUGGGACACAUGCACCUGCACGCGGGGAGCAAGCCCUUCAAGUGCCCCUACUGCUCCAGCAAGUUCAACCUGAAGGGCAACCUCAGCCGGCACAUGAAGGUCAAGCACGGCGUGAUGGACAUCAGCCUGGACAGCCAAGAUCCCAUGAUGGAACUGGCUGGGGCCGACCAUACCGAGCUGGACGGGCAGCAGGAGAUGGACGACUUCGAGGAGGAGAACUCUUAUGGCUAUGGGGGGGUGGGCAACCCCCCAGACGAGCAGGCCAUGAAGGAGAUGGCGUACUACAACAUGUUGUAGUGCAGGAGCAGCGGC